ACUUUGAUAAUAAAUAACCUUAAUCGAUUUUUGAAUAAUUGGUUUUAUCGAUCAAACUUAAUUUGUUGAAAGGUCAUCACGCAUCAUUAUGACGUGAGGUGACAUUGCGGUUGUCAUGGCAACGGACAACUUGUUUGGCGCCGUAAACAAAUGAAUUUGGUUUCUGAACAAAACGUGGUGAUAUUUUGAUUAUACAACAUUUCUCUAUUGAAAACUUUUAAAAAUGAUUUAUAAUAUUUGGAAUAUUUGCUUCAAGUGUAAGUGCAUUUAUUAUUAAACAUUAAAUCAGGCAAGUUUUCCAGUAGUCUAAGGGGUUUCGAAAAUGAGUCAAAACGUUACUCACGUGAAACGGGAUGACAAAAAGAAAGAUGUACAGAAAGUACCGAAGAAAAGUCCGGAAAAAAAUAUGUCUGAGAUCGACGAGCACAUUUUAAAAAGGUUUGAUAUUAAAAAAAGGCUGGGUAAAGGAGCGUAUGGUAUCGUGUGGAAGGCAGUAGACAAGAAGAGUAAAGACGUUGUGGCCAUAAAGAAGAUUUUUGACGCGUUUAGAAACCAGACUGACGCUCAACGCACUUUCCGAGAGAUCAUCUUCUUACAGUCGUUCAGAAAUCACCCUAACAUCGUUAAAUUGCAUAGCAUACACAGGGCCCUCAACAACCGCGACAUCUACCUCGGCUUCGAAUACAUGGAGACAGACCUCCACAAUGUGAUCAAACGUGGCAACAUACUCAAAGACGUCCACAAGCGGUACAUUAUGUACCAGAUGCUGAAGGCCACCAAGUAUAUACACUCGGGGAAUGUUAUACAUAGGGACCAGAAGCCUAGUAAUGUACUUAUUGAUAGUGCUUGUAGGGUUAAGAUAGCAGACUUUGGUCUGGCAAGAUCAGUGUCGUCGAUGUAUUCUGGUGGUGAGGACGGUGCCGACCCUUGCCUCACUGACUAUGUAGCCACACGCUGGUAUCGAGCGCCUGAAAUACUCAUUGCGAGCAAGAGCUACACCAAGGGCAUAGACAUGUGGUCACUCGGGUGCAUCUUAGGUGAGAUGCUGGUCGGCAAGCCUUUGUUCCCGGGUUCUUCUACCGUCAACCAGAUCGAGAGGAUCAUGGCUGCCCUACCAAGACCAUCUUCUGAAGACAUAGCAGCAGUGUGCAGCGGUUACGGAUCCUCUCUGAUCAGAGAGCAAGCAGCAUCAAACGGAGGAGGAGCAUCUCUCAACGCGAUGCUCUCCUGCGCUCCUCGAGAUGCGGCAGACUUGGUCCACCAGCUCCUGGUGUUCAACCCCGCCAAACGGCUGAGCGCUGAACGGGCUUUGCAUCACGAAUACGUUGCCAAAUUCCACCGCGAAAAGGACGAACCAAUCCUACCUUCCGACGUCCUUCUCCCACUCCGCGACGACAAACAGAUGUCGGUGGAUGACUACAGGAACAAACUGUACAGCAUCAUGGCCAAAGGAUUCCAAAACCACACCAGUCAAUUGAGAAAACCACAUUCCAGCAAAUCCCAAACUCUCGCAGCCACCACCAAAAGCAAGAGUUUCCAAGAAACUUCAGAUCUUGUCAAAUCUUACACAAAGUCAACAAAACACUUGAGCGUUUCAGCCGACCAGAAAAUCAGACCAAAGCCAAAACCGGUCGAUAAACCACUCAAAGAGUUCCGUUCCGACCAGUCAAUUGGAAAGCCUCUGAAAGCGACCAAAUUGUUUGAAACCCGAGAUCACCAAGCGUGGAUGGAGAACUGCCAUGGAGAUUAUUUCCAGCCAGUGUCACGACAAAGUCCUUCUGACAACGGGUAUAUGAGUGGGGGUAAAAAAAACGUUCAGCAAAGGAGAAAUUCCACUUCCUUCUCCACCAUAACCAUCGGUGGAGACGGCUAUGGUUUUGGAAACCAGAGACAUGGGGUCAUAACCGCUAGUGCUCUUAUGGAUUUAAGAACGAGUAUACGAUGAAGAGGAGUAAAAGGAAGAAUCUCCUAGUAUUAGUGCGAAUAGGUUUUUGGAUUGGAUUUUGAUGUUUUUUUUUUGCGUUGAUGUAGAAUAUACAAAAUGUACGAAUCUUGAUAGGUUUUCAAAGAAAAUUCUUCAGAGACGACAAGAAUGUUUUCAUUGAUUUCAUAGAUCUUUCAUUUUUUCGUCACAUGGCUUGCUGCAUACAUCCAAACUUUUUUGAGUGGAUAUAUCAUUUUGCCCUGACCAAACUACUAAAAUAGUAUCAACUAGGUACAAAGUUUUCCUUGAGAAGGGAAAUAUCCUAGGGAUCAAUAAGAAAUGCAAAUAGGUACUUGCUAUAUUGCUCGGCAAACAAUUUGAACAUUGGCGUCGAUUCACAUGUCUUUAUCUAAGAAACUAAAUUUAGAGUACCUAUCUGCAUUUUUUUCAUUUAAUAUUGCUAAAAAACUUGUAGAUGGAACGGAGUGGAUACGUGUUGAGCCAACGACGUAUCGGAUUAUAAUUUUAUUACGUCUAAUAUUAUGUAAUCUGAUUGGUCUAUAAAACACACACGAAUUCCAUUGUUCCGCUCGCUUCGCUUUAAUGGAUCAACAUAAUCCUGUAUAUUUUAUAUUAACGAUAUUUUAUGUAGGCAUGAUUGUGGAACAAAUAUUUGUACAAGAUGUUCUUGUUAGUUAGUUUGAAAUAUAUUAUUUUUGUUGCGAAA